CAUUAGUGGGCACUCCAUUAGUGGAAAAGAUUCAAGACAUUGCAACAAAAAAGGAAUGUGGACGGACUCUAUGCCAGAAUGUAACCCAAUUAAUUGUCCCACUUUGACUGGAGUAAACUGCACCAAGGGGUUUGAGUACAAUAGCAUCUGUACACAUUUCUGCCAGCAGCCUGGCUUUAGUAUUGCUCAGGGGCAAACAGGGGUGAGAGUCUGUGACCAGGCAGGACAUUGGACUGGCUCACAUCCAAAAUGUGUUGACAAACAAAAGCCCAGUCUGACCUGCCCUAAGAGUGCAAACGCUUAUGCAAAUGCUGGAGAGACCUUUACGAGUGUCAGCUGGGAGCUGCCCACUGCUGCUGACAACUCCAAAACCAAAGUGGAGGUUGUGCAGACAGCAGGCCUACCACCCAGAGGAACAUUUGGCAAAGGGUCACACAUCAUCCAAUAUGAAGCCCUGGAUGGAAGUGGCAACAGAGCGACCUGUGAAUUCUCUGUCGUUGUUCAAGUCAUUCAGUGUCCAACUCGCCUAUUUCGACCAGCUCAGAUAAUGAGAUGCACGUCGCUGUUCAUUUAUGGCUCUGUAUGUCAUUUUUCCUGUUCACCGGGCUAUGUUUUGGAUGGAGAAGAGACUAAUGAGUGCAUGCAACAGGUGGAUUCAGCUACUGGUACAUGGAGUGCUGAACAGCCCCACUGCACAGUUCUCACAUGCCCGCAGUUAACUCCUCCAGAAAAUGGCAUGUUCUUUGGAAACACAUCUUGCUUAACUACCUAUGGCUCUUGGUGCCAAUUUGAGUGUGAUGCUGGUUACCAGGUGGUUGGGAGUAGAGUUCGAAGAUGUCAUGCACAGGCCGGAGAAAGUGAAGGAUUCUGGGAAGGUUAUGACACUCAGUGCAAAAAACAAACCUGCCCACGAGCCUAUGUUGCUCCCCACGCCUUCAUAACGAACCAAGAUGAGUGCCCACUAACUGACCAGGUACCUGCAGGCUCUAGAUGUCACUAUGCCUGCCUAAAUGGUCACGCAUUGACAGGGUCAGCAGAGGUCAACUGUGGAUCUGAUGGUCAAUGGGAGUCGAUGUUUCCACAUUGUGAAGCUGUAACUUGUGACAGCAGUGAGUUACUUCAACCUGAGAACGGUAUCAAAAAUGGCUGCCCUAACGAAGAAGAGGUUUUUGGCACAACAUGUACUCUGAUAUGUAACCAAGGAUUCAUGCCAACACAGCCCACAUACGUAACAUGCACUGAUGAUGGCAAUGGAUUUGGAGUAUGGGACAAAAAUACAGUCACAUGUGAAGAGGUCCAAUGUAAUCCCCUAGAAAUCCCCAGUAGCCAAGGCUACAUGCCAAUUACCUGCACCCAUAAAAAUAUUGAGGUAAUGGAGACGGACCAACUACAGAGGUACGAGACAGUAUGUGAAAUGAGUUGUGCAUCAGGAUUCACCAGCACUGGUACAGGGAGUAGAAUGUGUCAGUUAAAUGGACUCUGGGAUGGGACCCCUCUUCAAUGCAUUGAUAUAACACCACCAUUGGUGCAGUGUCCAGCUUCUAUCACUCUGUAUGCUGAGCAGGGAACCACCUUCACUGGUAACACCUACGGAUGGGAGCCUGUACAGGCCACUGAUGCUAGCGGAGAUGUCAUAGCAAACUUGGUUACCAUAAAUGACAUGGAAGUGGCAGCCAAUAGGAGCACGAUACUCUCAGAAGGAUUUCAUUUACUUGUUUAUGAAGGAGAAGACACCAGUGGUAACGUAGCAUCCUGUGUCCUCUCUGUCAGUGUACUAGUAACUAGAUGCCCACCAUUGUUUGGACCACGGAACAGCGAGACCAGCCUUCUUUCUGGACACGGUGACUGUGACCAGUCCACAGUGUAUGGCUCUGUCUGUAAAGUAGACUGUCUGGAAGGCUACACUCUGUCACCUGGAGGAAGUGACGUCAGGAUUCGAUGUAACAAGAAGCAAUCGUCAUCGACUCUAGGCUUCUGGGAAGACACAGAUGUAGACUGCAUCCCAAGUACCUGCAAGGUUCCAGCCCUCACUAAUGCCUACUUAUCAGGGUGCAUUGGCACUGAGGUAGAUUACCAAACAUCGUGUGCUUUUGUCUGCGAUCGGGGUUACCAUAGGAACCAGACAAGUAGGACCACACGGACAUGUCUUGCUGAUGGAAUGUGGACAGGAGAUGAGUUUUCUUGUGAAGCUGUUUCAUGCAGAGGCUUUCUGAGUGUAGAGAAUGGCGCCAUUGAACCAGAAGAAUGCACCACUGAAUCUGAUUUGCCUUUCGAUACACGUUGUACUUUCACUUGUGUGGAUGGCUUCACCUUGAAAGGGUCUUCCAUUACAACUUGCAAUGCUGACGGUGUGUGGAGCAGCCCGACAACAGUGUCUUGUAUUGAUCAAGAGCCACCAGUAUUUGACGACAAUUGUCCACUAAACUUUACAAAGACAGCUCCAAAGCAGAUGAGAGAAGCCUUUGUUUAUUUUAAGACACCAACAGCCACAGAUAAUUCCGGUUUUGUAAAUGUUCACAUUAGCUCUCGUCACCUGGCAUCAGGAUCAUCAUUUCCUGAGGGGUUCACUAGCCUGAAUUAUAUUGCAAAUGAUAAAGCAAUGAAUAGCAAAAGCUGUCAAGUUUACAUUACUGUCCAAGUUCUUCGCUGCUUCACUUUGGAAGCCCCAGCCAGUGGAUCUCUCAGUAAGUGCCCAAGUGUUAUCUUGGGCUCCACAUGUAACUUCUCAUGUAAUGAGGGGUACAAUCUACUUGGUGAUGAGAGUAGGACAUGCGAGCAAGUCAAGGGCAAAGUAGCUUGGUCUGGUGCUACUCCAUUAUGCAAACCAAUAACUUGCCCAGCUUUGGCUAACGACGAGAAGGUGAUACGCUCUGGCUGUCGUCAUUUCCCACCAGCCUCCGAGUUCCUGGGCACCACCUGUUUCUGGGACUGCCCAUACGGAUAUGGUGGACUUGGUUCCUCACAGUCUAGAUGUCGUGCAAACGGCGAAUGGGAUAUUGUGGAUUUCAGAUGUGAAGAACGUCAAUGUGAACCAUUAGUUCCAGCAACCGGUUUAGAAAUAGUUCCAGCAGAAUGUCUAAUCUCACCAGAUUAUAAUGAUGAGUGCUCUUUACGCUGCUCCAAGUCUGGCUACACAGUGAACCUUCUAUACACCAGUGUCAUUUGCCUUGGUAGUGGAGAUUGGUCGCAGAAUAUUACAGAAAUCAAAUGCAUUGAUUAUGAAAAGCCACACUUCACCACGUGUCCAACGGAUUUCACCACAUACCUCCCAGAAAGCUCAUUAGAGGCGACUGUACAGUGGAAGGUAUUAGCAACAGAUAACUCUGGUGAAACACCAUCUGUAAAAUGCAGCCUACAACAGCCAGCUUUGCUUACUGAGGGCAACCAUUACAUCAAUUGCACAGCAGUUGACACUGCAGCAAACCAGGCAUACUGUAACUUUGAAGUUGCUGUGAAAGUACGUCGAUGUCUUGAGCUUAAUCCACCAAUCUUUGGCGAGUUCAUUGGAUCGUGUAACAACAGUUAUGGUAGCACUUGUCGCGUUCGUUGUACAGAUGGGUACGUUCUUAAUGGGAGGGACACGGCUAAAUGUUCAAGGGAUAUUAACACCGGAUCAAUGUCUUGGUAUCGGGACAGUUCACGCCCAACUUGUCAAAUUGUGAAGUGCUCUCCCUUGCUGGAUGUGGUCCCUGAAAAUGGUGGUGUGUCUCCUGCUUACUGCCAACAAACUUCUUCAUUCUUUGGCACAAGUUGUCAAUUCUAUUGCAAUUAUGGAUUUGAGUUGAUUGACCCCAUGAGUCAGAUGAUAGUGUCGUGUCAACCUGAUGGAUCAUGGAGCACAGACAUCAAUGAUCUUCAAGUAAAGUGUAGAGAUAUCUUGCAGCCCUACCUGACUAAAUGCCCAGGAUCCAAGGUGGCCUUUAUGUCUGGUGAGACACUCGGGGUCAAUGUAUUCUUCACUCUGCCCACCGCCUUGGACAAUUCCAACGAUAAGCUUACCGUGGUGAAGACACCGUCUAAUAUUGAUUCUCCAUACAACUUCACUAAAGACACCAAUGUGUCGUAUGUGUUUAGCGAUGCAGCUGGGAACAGCGUGGAGUGUUUUUUCAGAGUUGAAGUUCAAGAUGACUAUUCACCACUUGUUGAAUUUUGCCCUGAUGACAUCAAUAUAACCACCACCACAACAAAAACUCAAGUAGUCUGGCCAAAGCCGAUGUUCCGUGAGUUAACCGGUGAUAAAUUGAAUAUUUCACCCAGUCAUCGCAAUGGGACAGAGUUCCCUCAGGGCACUUUUAAUAUUCUGUAUACUGCAACCAACACAGAUAACAGCAAGACCAGUUUGUGCAAGUUUACAGUAACAAUAAGUGGGACACGUUGCCCAAAACUGGAGCCACCAAUAAAUGGUGCGACAGCAUGCCAUGAGUUUCCACUUGGAGAAGGUUGCACCAUGCUCUGCAAUGAGAAUCACGACAUUGCCAGGUCAGAUAAAUUCAGCGUUAGGUCCUUGUUGUGUUUUUCUGAUGGAGUUUGGUUUCCAUCUGGGAAGUUUCCUGAUUGUACUGGGAAGAAACGACCCCUUGGCUCCAAAGUCUUAGCUUCAGUCAACUACUUCAGCGGAGACUGCUCUUCAGCUGCAGCACAAACACAGAUCGAAACUCAAUUUGUUACAAUUUUUACCACGUCAACUCUAUUCCGUCGAGUUUGCUCUGGAGCGUGUACAGUCGACAAUGUGAUUGUGACUUGUGGUCGAAUACGUAACCGAAGAAGCAUACAGGAGUCCCCUCUCAACUACCCUACCUCUUUAGAUCUCAACGGUACUAUCAACGCGGUCAGAAAGCAAGAGUUUACUGAGCAUGUGCACAAGUGGCUGACUGUUUUAAGGAACAAUGGGACGAUUCCACGAGACACUCAUGAUGUUCGACAUCGCCGCUUUGUGACCUCUAAAUCGCGUAAUCAAUUAAACUUGCGUAUUCGGCGUGAUGUACAUAUGACACAUACAAUCAGUAUUGAAUUCAACACAGUCUUCACUAUGCCAAAUAUGUCUGACGGAACAGUUGGAGAGGAUAAAAUGUAUGACAUAGUGGACUCUCUGAUUAACAUGGCGAAUGACGGUGAGCUGGGUUUGUCCGUACCUGACUUAGAGAUUGAUCCGCAGCCAGACGUUUCUUAUGAGGAGCCUGAAUUGUUAUGCCCCCAUGGAUUUAGUGCUUCACUGACGUAUUCUUGUGUUGGCUGUCCUUAUGGGAUGUUUUUUGACAACAGUUCAAAGACCUGCAAGGAAUGUGCGAUUGGGGAGUAUCAAAAUGAAGAGGCCCAGUACAACUGCAAAAUGUGCCCAUUAAGAACCUCUACCAUCACAACAGGCUCCAAGAACCACACCGACUGUUUGGGAAUUUGUCCAAGGGGUCAGUUUUCAAUCUCUGGACUAGAGACAUGUUCAAAAUGUGCCAAAGGGUCCUACCAGACCCAGGAGAUGUCAACCAAAUGUCACCAAUGUCCAGUCGGUCAAUCAACGGCCAGAAUCGGUGCUACUGAAUCAGCGGAAUGUAUCGAUCUCUGUUCAACGGGUACCUACUCCAAGACAGGUUUGCAGCCUUGUACGCCUUGCCCUCGUCAUACCUACCAGCCAGAGGAAGGACAAGGAUCAUGUUAUCCCUGCCCCAUCCAUAAAAUAACUCAAAGCACAGGAGCAUCAAGCCUGGAUAUGUGCCUGAAGCAACUUUUGUGUAAGGAUAGUUCAUGUGUGAAUGGUGGAACGUGUGUAGAACUAGGAGAGACUUAUCACUGCGAGUGCCCCCAUGGGUUGACAGGUCAGCACUGUGAAUCAAACAUCAAUGAUUGUCAUCUUGAUUCAUGUUAUAAUGGUGGAACCUGCGUUGAUAAACUUAAUGGAUUCAGUUGCUUAUGUUCUGAUGGAUUUGAAGGUGAUGACUGUUCCAUUGAGAUAAACGAAUGCUUGAGUGACCCCUGUCAGAAUGAAGGAACGUGUAAUGACAAGCUGAACGGAUUCAAAUGCAUAUGUAAUGAUGGUUUCACAGGUGUCAUUUGCCAAACAGACAUUGACGAGUGCCAAGACUUGCCCUGUCUGAACGACGGGUCAUGUAUCAAUCGUGAAGGUGACUACGAGUGUGCUUGCUUAUCUGGUUCUACCGGGGAAAAUUGCGAGACUGACAUCAAUGAGUGCCAAUCUAAUCCAUGCCAGCAUAACGCCUCAUGCAUCGAUGCUUUUGGAUUGUAUUACUGUCAUUGUGGUACUGGCUACUCAGGCAGCAAUUGUGAGGAGGACAUAGACUUGUGUGCAGACAACCUGUGUGCCAGCGGAGCAACCUGCCAGGACUUAGAUGACAGGUAUAAGUGUGCAUGUCCCCGGGGUCGUGGGGGGGUACACUGCGAAACGGUGUUGGACCUAUGCUAUCGUCAUCCAUGUGAGAAUGAAGGACACUGUUUACAUUCUUCAAUAGAUGAGAGGGGUUAUACGUGUGAAUGUCGGACAGGGUUUAUCGGAAUGCGUUGUGAGAUGAACCUUGAUGAAUGCCUAAGUGAACCAUGUUCCAAUGGAGGUACAUGCCAUGAUCUUAUUGGCAUGUUUGAAUGCAGCUGCACAGAAGGAUUUUCAGGACCAAGGUGUGAAGUUCAUGUUGAUUUAUGCAGUCCCAAUCCGUGUCAACACAACGCACCAUGUGAAGAUGAGGGGGAGGAUUACUAUUGUACAUGCCCUGCCGGCCUCUCAGGGCAACACUGUGAGAUAGAGUUAGAUCUGUGCCAGUCCAGGAUAACCUGUCUGAAUUCGGGCACUUGUGCACCGCCCUCUAGUGGCAAACUCUGUUUCUGCUGGGAAGGAUUUGGAGGUGAAUAUUGUGAAAUCAAUUUAGAUGACUGUGCUGAGAAGCCUUGUAUGAAUAAUGGCUUGUGUCUGGAUGGUAUCAAUAGUUUCACCUGUAAAUGCUGGAACGGAUUCACUGGUACCCAAUGCGAGAUUCAAAUCAAUGAGUGUGAAUCCUCUCCGUGUUUAAAUGAUGGUACUUGCGUGGAUCAGACCAAUGAGUACCAGUGCAUAUGUGCUCCAGGGUUUACAGGCACCGAGUGUGGCACUAACCAGGAUGACUGCUUCGUGGGUGCCUGUGAGAAUGGACAAUGCCUGGAUGGCGUGGCAUCAUUUAGCUGUGUAUGCAGCAGUGGUUUCUCUGGUCGAAGAUGUGAUGUUGAGAUCAAUGAGUGCCAGUCCUAUCCAUGUGUAAACGGUGGGACGUGCCGUGACCUGGUGGAUGGGUUCACCUGCGAUUGUGCCAAUGGAUGGGUUGGUAAUCAGUGUGAGAUUAAUGAAGAUGAUUGUCGAGACGACCCAUGUGGAUUUAACGGGCGCUGUAUCGACAACCAGGGGUUCUACAUGUGUAGCUGCUUUUUAGGUUUCACUGGAAGGAAUUGUGAAACCAACAUUGAUGAAUGCCAGAGAAAUCCAUGUCGUAACAAUGGUCGCUGCAUUGAUAGGAUCAACUCCUUCUCCUGCAUAUGCACAAAAGGUUUCAAAGGAACACUUUGUCAAAUUAAGUUAGGUUACUGUCAACCCAACCCUUGCAAGCAUGGUGGAAGAUGCUUAGUAAGUGCCCAUGACUUUCAUUGUCAAUGUCAGAGUGGUUUUGAAGGAGAGAUUUGUGAAGUCAACAAGGAUGAUUGUAAUGGACAUCAGUGCCUUAAUGGAGCAGAAUGUGUUGAUCAGAUGAAUCGCUAUAUGUGUCGCUGUACUCCGGGAUACACUGGUCGUUUCUGCCAAACACAGUUAGAUAUCUGUGCUGCUGAACCUUGCCAAAAUGGUGCACAUUGUCUGCCUUCAGGAAAUCAGAACAACCAUUGCGAAUGCGAGCCAGGUUUUACUGGUAUACUGUGUGAAGUCACAAUCGACAACUGUCACCCAAACCCGUGUCUUCAUGGAAGCAAAUGCAUCAAUGGAUUCAAUUCUCACACCUGUAACUGUGCACCAGGCUUCACAGGUGUAGAAUGUGCCAUCAAUGUAGAUGAAUGCAAUAAUCACAGCUGUAUGAAUGACGCCCAGUGCAUUGAUGGUAUGAAUGAUUACCAGUGCAUGUGUCGACGUGGAUUCGCUGGUAGAUUCUGUGAUGAAGAUUCCAUGAUUGACUUUGAUAUGGUCUUCCAGGACAACCUACCCAAACAGUUUGUCAGAUUACAGCCUGCCAUCAGCGAAACCCUGUCGGAGUUUACACUAAGUCUAUGGAUUCGUACAAUGACAUUAGAGUGUACGAUACUCUCUUAUAACAUGCUGGGAUAUAGGGCCAUAGAAGCAGCAGAGUUUGCCCUCAGAAGACCAGAGGCUUUGGAAGUUUAUAUCAAAGGUGUUAAAUUUUCAUCCACGGUGAGUGUAAAUGACAAUCGCUGGCACCAUCUUGCCAUUAUGUGGAACAACAGAGGCCACCUGCUCAUCUACAAGGAUGGGGUUUUGAUGUUUAGGAUACGCAAUCGCAAUGGGAGUGACGAUCAGAUUGAGAAAGACGGACAAUUUCUACUGGGACAAGUGCAUGGAACAGCCAGAACCACGUCGGACGUUGGUUUAAAUGGCUCUUUGAGCAACAUCAAUUUGUGGGAUACGAUACAGGACAGCCAAUUUAUUGGGAAACUUGCCCAAGAGUGUGGCUUGAUUACUCCAGGCAACGUUAUUGCUGCAUCAGAUUUCAUCGAAUCAGCUACACUAGGAGACGUAAGAAUCGAGACGCCAUCAUUGUGCGAUGUGGUGGACGACUGUGCAUCUAAUCCAUGCCAUUCAGGCAGUGUGUGUCAAGACAAACCGGGAUAUUACACUUGCCAAUGUCUCGAUGGGUUCACUGGUCAACAUUGUGAGAUAAACAUCAAUGAGUGUGAAACGGCACCGUGUCUCAAUGGUGGGAGUUGUGUGGACGGUAUCGGGACUUUCACCUGUGUUUGUUUACCAAUCUUUGGGGGCAGAUUGUGUGAAGCACUAAGAGGGGAUGGUGGUUUUACUGAGUGGAACGCAGGAACUCCUUGUAGUCGAUCAUGUGGUGGAGGUACAAAGACACAAACUCGCUUCUGCACCAAUCCUUCUCCAUCCAACGGAGGAAGAGAAUGUCAGGGGUUUUCUACUAAGAUAAUAUCUUGUAACACUCAACCUUGCCAAAGUUGUAAGGAACUGGACCAUCCACGAGCAGGAGUGCUUCAUUGUGAUGAGAAUGACAACGAACAGAACUGUACGAUUUCAUGCCAGGAAGGGUUUGAAUUUAGCCAAGCUGUUACCAGUUACCAGUGUGGUCCGUCUACCAACUACCAGUGGUCACAUGAGUCUAUCGAUAACCCAGCUGCCAUCCUACCUGGAUGUACUAGAUACAAGCCUCCUACAGGCGCUGUCUGUGAAACUAAAAUGGUGUAUAGGAAUCUUCGCUGUCAAGGGAACGAGGUUGAAAGAGAUGCCAGCAUUUAUGAGUUGAUCAAGAGUACUGUCCAAUCCAAUUUAGACUUACUGGAGUGCGUCAAAGACCAAACAUGUGCUGUAAAACAAAUCCAGGUAAGUCGCUGCAGUCUCAAGAAAGAGCAUCAAGUGUUUAAUCUGACUUUCCGCCUAGAGUCUGAUGCAGACAUUCAAGAUGAGGUCAACCUCACGAAUAAAAUGGUUUUGAAUCGGGCCGCCGCUAAGAAGGCAAUAGCUUCACUUGAAAAUGCUGCAUUGUUUCUUUACAACCAGUCUUCCAACGGGAAUUUUGAUGUCAACGUAGAUGGUACAUUUUAUGAACUCAAUUAUGAGGAAACAAGCUGGAAUUCUGCCCCUGUGUGCUCUAAUGGCACAGUGCGUUUUGCGACGCAGGACACACGCUGUGUGCCUUGCACACCGGGAUGGUUUACCUAUGAUGGUGAUGCUUGUCGUCCAUGCCCACGUGGCACAUACCAGCCAGGCGAGGGCAGCACACAUUGUAUCUACUGCCCCAAGAAUGCCACCACAAAUGGUGAAGCAAAGACUAAGAUUCUUGACUGUGUUUAACUGGACAACCGAUAAACACCAAAUUAUAUAUAUAGCUUUAAUGCACUAGGGAGCUUAAAUAAGGAGCUUUUCUUAGAGAUACAUUGACAAGUCUUAAAAGUCAGUAUUUCAUUGAUGUGCUUUGCUUUUAAUGUUUAUUGAUACACAGACUAAUGCAUUUCUAAGUUCAACUAAAUAAAGUUUGAAAGUUUCUCUAGAACUAAGUAUGUAAUUCCUAUAGGCCUAAAGAAUAUAUUUAAUCAAGUGGUUUGGAUGACUCUAGUGAAACUAGGCUCGAUUUCACAAACAUCUAUAUGUUCUGUAAUGCAUGUAAAAGAACCCUGUGCACUUAUCGAAAAGAGAAGGAGUUUGCCCCGGUGUUCUUGGCUGUGGCUACUGUAUGCACCGUAGCACCCUUAUAAAUAUAAGUUGCUACAUAAUUGGUCUCAAUUCAUCUCUUCAGUAACAUAUCUUUCUGAAAGUUGGUAUAUACUCAGCGCCUGAAGGAUUCUCUUAGAAAAUGAGUGUAACUUUUUCCCAAACAUUACUUUUGAGACCACUUUUGAUCAAUUAACUGCACUAACCAGGAGCUCCAAAAUCUAUGCAAACAAAAAAUUUAAGAAAUAAGAAUAAGUUUCGGUCUGGAAAUGAGUUAUCAUUUCCAAUGGGGAAACUUUGGAGACAGCAGACUUGCUAGCUUGGAAAUGUGCACAAGCCCAUAACUUUGUAUACAAACGAUGGUCUAGCAGCUGCCACCUAUCGCUCAAAAAUCUGCUGUUGCAUGCUUCUUUGGUACAAUUCAAUAAAGCUGCUUAAGAACAGGGAGUUGCUAAGACAAACAAAUACAAGAAUAAGGUUACCAGUCAAAAUACAAUUCCACCUCUUAAAGGCACUGGAC